GGCUUCAGCAUGUGGGCCUUAGGCCGCAACAAGAAGGUCUACGGCGAGGACGUGGAACGCUUCCGUCCGGAGCGGUAUCUGGAGGCAACCCCCGAACAGCUUCUACUUUUCCAAAAAGCAGACAUGAGUUUCGGGGCCGGUAUGACUACUUGUCUGGGAAAACAUAUCGCAAUGUUUGAGAUCUACAAGACCAUAGUUGAGCUCUUCCGAAACUUUGAAAUCGAAUUGGCGGACCCGUUUCACCCUUGCAAGAUCGAAAACAUCUUCGCUUUCUUCAUCGAUGACAUGAACGUCUUCAUCAAGCCGCGAUCCAACAAGGCUUCUGCUUGAUGUUUGGUUGAAUUGCACGCUGUUGACUAAGAUUGAUUAUCUUUCUUGCUCUGCGUCACAGAAAGGGGUGGAUUUCCGGGGGGUUGGAAGCCAGUAAAGGUUUGCUGCUACUGAGCGGCGGUUGUGCCUCAGGCUGCCUCAGGUUUCUUUUGCGUGCCUCGGGGGUCGAUGCCUACAGCUUAUUGUCGGACCCAUCGAUUCUGAG